CGGGACGCACGUCCAAUGGGAAGCUCAGCUCGUCCGGCCGAGUCGGGCCGCCAGCCAAUGGGGAGGACGCGGCGAGAGCGUUGGCCCAGGGAGAGCCAGAGCCCGUUUGCAGGCACCGCAGUGGCGAUUGGAGCCCUAUUACGGCGCAAUCAUGUCUAUUAUGUCCUAUAAUGGAGGGGCCGUCAUGGCCAUGAAGGGAAAGAACUGUGUGGCCAUCGCUGCAGACAGGCGUUUCGGGAUCCAGGCUCAGAUGGUGACCACGGAUUUCCAGAAGAUCUUUCCCAUGGGUGACAGGCUCUACAUAGGCCUGGCCGGGCUGGCCACCGACGUCCAGACAGUUGCCCAGCGCCUCAAGUUCCGGCUGAACCUGUAUGAGCUGAAGGAGGGCCGGCCGAUCAAGCCUUACACCCUCAUGAGCAUGGUGGCCAACCUCCUGUAUGAGAAACGGUUUGGUCCCUACUACACAGAGCCUGUCAUCGCCGGGUUGGACCCGAAGACCUUUAAGCCCUUCAUCUGUUCUCUAGACCUCAUUGGCUGCCCGAUGGUGACCGAUGACUUUGUAGUCAGCGGUACCUGCUCAGAGCAGAUGUAUGGGAUGUGUGAGUCCCUCUGGGAGCCCAACAUGGAUCCAGAACACCUGUUUGAAACCAUUUCCCAGGCCAUGCUGAACGCUGUGGACCGGGAUGCCGUGUCAGGCAUGGGCGUCAUCGUCCACAUCAUUGAAAAAGACAAGAUCACCACCAGGACACUGAAGGCCCGGAUGGACUAACCAACCCUGUGCCCUAGUCCCAGUUUCGUUUUGUUGUUUUUCUUUUUAAUAAAAUUGCCUUUCUUUCA